GGCGUCUGAAGGUGUUGCUUGAUCUAGUCCUUCUUCGAUAAGACACAGAUGGUGGCAGAUGAAAUUGAGGAUGUACUGCUCACGCACCCGAUGAUUGCCGAUGCGGCCGUGGUUGGUGUUCACAUUGGUGGAAGGCAGUCUGAAGAUGAAUAUCCUAGAGCAUACGUCGUAUCCAUCGACAAUAAUCCUUCUGGGACCGACGAGCGGAAGUUGAUUAAAUUUGUCGCAAACAAGCUGGCCAGCUUCAAAACUUUGCGUGGUGGCGUGGUGUUUGUGGAAAGGAUUCCAAGAAACUCCAGCGGGAAAAUCUUGCGACAGUCCUUGGUGGAAAGAGCGACGAUCGAGGUUGUUGCCAAUUCAAAAGAUGCAGAAGUGUAGACUCAGGUACUCCGUCCUCCACUUUGGACUGCUUGCACAGUGAAUAUCACCUUGCAUUCGUACACACAAUCGAAGGAUGAUGUCGGCGUCGGUUGGCACCAAGCCACAAUAUAACUCAGUCUUUCCGUACCGGUGACCAGGUCAUCACGAAAACCCCCAAAGUCAGGAGUUUCUGAUCCUGCUAAUGGUGACUCGAUCGUAUGUCAUGCUAUGCGAGUCUUCU